UGUGUUAGUGUAAUAAUACAUGUAAUCAGUGUUGUGAACAGUGAGUGUAUGACAGGUCUUCUGGAACAGGUCCCUCUUGUUCCCAUCUCUGUAGUUCUAUGGCGUGACCCUCGUCUUUCUACCGUUACCCCAGGUACCCUCCGACCGGUGCGCCGCAGCUUCUACGACCCCACAUCGGCGCCGGGUCAGGGCUGGCUGUGGGAGUGGGAGAACGACACAGGCUCGUGGACGGCCUACGACACGGAGGUGGGCAUCGCCAUCCAGGCGGCACGCGAUCGCCAGCAGCCCUGGCUGGACCUGGCACCGCUGGGCUUCUGCUACCUCAUCGACUUCCAGAGCAUGACCCAGAUCAACGGGCAGACGCAACGUUGCCGCCGCAUCCAGCGCCGCUCCGACCUGGCUUACCCACUGGUGUCGGGUCCCCUUCCCAAGUCACACCACGCCUGGGGGCCCGGCCCCGGGGGACUGUUGGGGGUGUCCGGAGUAGGCAUGGGGGUGGGGGUGAGCGGGAUGGGGAAUGGGAACGGUAGCGCCUACCCCAGCGGCGCCCUGCCAGCCUCCGCCAUUACCUCCCUGGGCCAGCCCUGUGCCUGUCAGCAAUGCAUGCUGCUCCUGAGCGUCAAGGCGGGUGCCAUGGCAACGGCCCACACCCUGGGCAGGAGGCCACCUCAGAACAAGCCUCCUAGCCCCAAAUUGGGUGGGGGUUACUCGGCCAUGGGGGGGUCCUACUCGCUGACCCUCCCCCGCCCCCCCUCCUCCAUGGGCAGGUCCCUGUCCCCCCACAGGACGUCCGUGGGUGGGGCUAGCGGUGGCUUGGGGGUUGGAGGGGGCGGUGGCUUCGCCCACUCGCUCUCCCUCCUGGGUUCGGCCACUGCUGCCCUGUCCCUCUCCUCUACCCGGCCCCCUCCCCCGCCUCUACCCCCCCUUCCGCCUCCUCCACCUCCUCCGCCCUCCUCCAUCGCCUCCAACAGUGCCACUCUUCCCCCCUCCUCUUCCUUCUCCAUGGCAUCCAUGGCUUCCUCUGCCCCUCCGUCGAUGCCCGCGCCACCCCCUCCUCCUCUAAUCUCCACAGCUGCUUCCUCCUGCACCCCCUCGCCCUCUGCCCGUGUCCUGGGGCCGGUGUCUUCAGCGGCGGCGGCCUGUGCCGCCCCCCUGCCUCCCCGUGCCAGCCUGGCUGGGCUGAGCCGGCCCGCCCUGCAGCGCAUCGCCAUGGCCCAGUCCAGAGCCCUUAUCGCCUCCGGGUGAGUCACUGCUUCAGCUGUUGCUAUGUCACUACAAUUCACUCAAUAUUACACCUUAUCCUUUUAUAUGAUCAACUAUCCAGGUACUAUCCCAAUACUACACCAGUUAGGUCAGGGACCUCACAAUACGAUAUUAUUCAAUACUUACAGUAGGCGCCGAUACAAUAUGUAUCACAAUUUAUCACCAUUCUAUAUGUAUUUCGAUUUGAUACUGCGAUUUUAUUGGGAUUUGAUGUUCCAAACAUAUUGUUCACCAUAUGUCUGCUGCAGAGGGAUAAGAGAGAGCCAUGAGAAAAUGUUGUAAUACUGAUAUCUUCCCUAACACACACAGUUCCCAGGCCUAUUCUCAUUCCUACAGGCCCCUCUACCCCUUUUAGUGUGACUGUGUGUGUAUGUCAGGGUGCGGUCACCGCGGCAACCAUUGUGGGCACAGCCGAGGCCUGGUUCCCAUUUCCAAAACAAUGCUGGGACAUGGACAGAGGCAGGGGCUUCUCAGGGCAGGGGGUAUGGGGAGAACCCAACGUUGUAGCGACUGGCCCAAGGGUUACCCUGAGAAGCCCAAGCUGCGUGGCUGUACUGUGGUAUUGGUUGGGGAGUUGUCCCUGAGAGUGAAUGUGACAUUGAUGUGGGGGUGGGGAUGGGGGUGAUUUGGAGACAUGAGACUUGUUGAUAGGGGAAGUUUGGUUGAGGAGGGAGUGGGAAGGGGGGGGGGGGGGGGGUGUCAGAGGAAGACGUCUCCAGUCUUGGUGACACAAAGCAGCAUCUUAGUUUGAGAUGUGUGCACGGUGCCUGAGGGGCUCGGUUUAGACAACUAACAUAUUGCUUUCACCAACCCCAUCCUUUCAGAUUGACAAGGGGCCAUUGAGAAGUGUCUAAGGGUAGAUGCUAUAAUGAGCCACUACCCAGUACCCAAGCACGUGUGUAAAUCGGGAAGGAUAGGUUUAAGCAAUAUGAUAAUAGCUCCACCUUGGAGCUUCUUCCAUUUCACUUUUGCAUGUGCCAUAUUACCUGUCUAAUUUUUUCAAAUCUGUGGUUGGGGGCGAUUUGGGUGCAAGGUAAUGUGUGGUAUGGGAUCCUGGCAAAGGACAACCCAGGUCGUUAUUAAAGUGAGGUAGCAGAUACUUAGGUAAUACACACGUGCAAAUAGAUAAGUUGUCACCUGAGGAUAUGCCGACAGGGCGAGUAUCAAUGUUGACAUAGUUACUGGCGCUGUGUGAAGAUAUGUGUUAUUGUGAAAAGAGUGUGAGUGUAGCAAUGAUCUCCUCUUAGCACUAGAGGGCACUGUUCGCUGAGUGACUAACUCACUGUGAAGAGCUAAGACUUGAAGACAGACAGUAGCUGAAGUCUGGUAUCAGAGGCUGAGAGAUGUAUUCGUGGGUCAGCUAUUUGUGGAUGCCUAGUUUGUUUAGGGACAAGAAUCGCCGAUAACUUGCUUAUUAAUUACUUUUCAAUUAUCAUAUAGUUUUAUGACAGGGCAGUUUCAGACAGUUUCAGGCCUAUUUUGUGGGAAGAAAAUGUGAGUUCCAGAAUAAUUAACUUUGAGGGACAGAUUCUCCAUUCAAAGUGCUUCCAGGACUAGGCUUAAUCUGUGUCCAGGACACCGGCCCAAAACGUUAAAAUUAUUAAUGCAAUCAACAGUUCAUAGCAUAGUUGUAAACUCUGUUCACGUUUGUUUGGCAAGUUUUCCUUGGAAGAAAGUGAAAUGAGUGUGUGGGGCGAUGACAGAUGGUUAAGAAGUGGAUUUUCUUCUCAUAGGCGUGGUCAACCACGUUAAGAGAUUAACCCAUGACAUUACAGGGUCAACCCCUUUCUCCCCUGUCACGUGUGUGCAUGUCAGUGGUCCUGGCAAUUGUGUGUGUAUUUCCAGGUAUCUGUGAACCAGACAGUUGUUUAAGGAUCUGACCACAACACAUGAUUUUAGAGCUUGUGGUUUGUAUGUUUCCUAUGGCCAGCCUGUGUGUGACUAUUCUUGUCAUAUACAAUUGAAGUCGGAAGUUUACAUACACCUUAGCCAAAUACAUUUAAACUCAGUUUUUCACAAUUCCUGACAUUUAAUCCUAGUAAAAAUUCCCUGUCUUAGGUCAGUUAGGAUCACCACUUUAUUUUAAGAAUGUGAAAUGUCAGAAUAAUAGUAGAGAGAAUGAUUUAUUUCAGCUUUUAUUUCUUUCAUCACAUUCCCAGUGGGUCAGAAGUUUACAUACACGCAAUUAGUAUUUGGUAGCAUUGCCUUUAAAUUGUUUAACUUGGGCCAAACGUUUGAAUUUUGGCCCAUUCCUCCUGACAGAGCUGGUGUAACUGAAUCAGGUUUGUAGGCCUCCUUGCUCGCACACGCUUUUUCAGUUCUGCCCACACAUUGUCUAUAGGAUUGAGGUGGACACUCCAAUACCUUGACUUUGGUGUCCUUAAGCCAUUUUGCCACAACUUUGGAAGUAUGCUUGGGGUCUUUGUCCAUUUGGAAGACCUUUUUGCGACCAAGCUUUAACUUCCUGACUGAUGUCUUGAGAUGUUGCUUCAAUAUAUCCACAUAAUUUUCCUUCCUCAUGAUGCCAUCUAUUUUGUGAAGUGCACCAGUCCCUCCUGCAGCAAAGCACCCCCACAGCAUGAUGCUGCCACGCCUGUGCUUAAUGGUUGGGAUGGUGUUCUUCGGCUUGCAAGCAUCCCCCUUUUUCCUCCAAACAUAACGAUGGUCAUUAUGGCCAAACAGUUUAAUUUUUGUUUCAUCAGACCAGAGGACAUUUCUCCAAAAAGUACGAUCUUUGUCCCCAUGUGCAGUUGCAAACCGUAGUCUGGCUUUUUUAUGGUGGUUUUGGAGCAGUGGCUUCUUCCUUGCUGAGCGGCCUUUCAGGUUAUGUCGAUAUAGGACUUGUUUUACUGUGGAUAUAGAUACAGUUGUACCUGUUUCCUCCAGCAUCUUCACAAGGUCCUUUGCUGUUGUUCUGGGAUUGAUUUACACUUUUCACACCAAAGUACGCUCAUCUCUAGGAGACAGAACGUGUCUCCUUCCUGAGCGGUAUGACGGCUGCGUGGUCCCAUGGGGUUUAUACUUGCGUACUAUUGUUUGUACAGAUGAACGUGGUACCUUCAGGCAUUUGGAAAUUGCUCCCAAGGAGGAACCAGACUUGUGGAGGUCUACACAUUUUUUUCUGUGGGAUUGUCUGAUUUCUUUUCAUUUUCCCAUGAAGUCAAGCAAAGAGGCACUGAGUUUGAAGGUAGGCCUUGAAAUACAUCCACAGGGACACCUCCAAUUGACUCAAAUAAUAUCAAUUAGCCUAUCAGAAACUUCUAAAGCCAUGACAUCAUAUUCUGGAAUUUUCCAAGCUGUUUAAAGGCACAGUCAACUUCUGACCCACUGGAAUUGUGAUAGAUUAUUUCACUUAUAAUCCACUCUGUCUGUAAACAAUUGUUGGAAAAAUUACAGACUUGCCAAAACUAUAGUUUGUUAACAAGAAAUGUGUGGAGUUGUUGAAAAACAAGUUUUAAUGACUCCAACCUAAGUGUAUGUCACGAUCGUUACAUGAUGAAGCGGACCAAGGCGCAGCGUGAUAAACGUACAUAUUUUAUUGAUGUACACCACACGAACGAAACAACAAACGAAAUGUGAAGUCCUAGGUUAACACAAACCUUUCGGAACAAGAUCCCACAAUGACUAGUGAAAACAGGCUGCCUAAGUAUGGUUCCCAAUCAGAGACAACGAGCUACAGCUGCCUCUGAUUGGGAACCACCCUGGCCAACAUAGAUCUAACCGAUCUAGAACUAAAAACCAUAGCAAACCAAAACAUAGAAAAUCCACACCCUGGCUCAACAAUUAAGAGUCCCCAGAGCCAGGGCGUGACAGUACCCCCCCCCAAAGGCGCGGACUGCGACCGCGCCAACCAAACACAAGAGGGUAGGGGCCGGGUGGGCAUUCCACCUCGGAGGCGGAUCCGGCUCCGGGCGUGACCACCACACUCUCUCAACCCCCCCGUUGUGCCCCUGGUCUGGUCUGGCCCCGCUGGCCGGAGCUGGACUGAACACCGGUGGAGCGGAUUGCUCUGGCUCCGGCGUGGAGCAGCUGACCGGUGCCGGACCAGGCUCCGGUGGAACAUGCACGGACCGUGCCGGACUGACGACGCGCACCACUGGCUUGGUGCGGGGAGCAGGAACGGGCCGGACCGGGCUGACGACGCGCACCACUGGCUUGGUGCGGGGAGCAGGAACGGGCCGGACCGGGCUGACGACGCGCACCAUUGGCUUGGUACGGGGAGCAGGAACAGGCCGGACCGGACUGACGACGCGCACCACUGGCUUGGUGCGGGGAGCAGGAACGGGCCGGACCGGGCUGACGACGCGCACCACUGGCUUGGUGCGGGGAGCAGGAACGGGCCGGACCGGGCUGACGACGCGCACCAUUGGCUUGGUGCGGGGAGCAGGAACAGGCCGGACCGGGCUGGCGACGCGCACCACUGGCUUGGUGCGGGGAGCAGGAACGGGCCGGACCGGGCUGACGACGCGCACCAUUGGCUUGGUGCGGGGAGCAGGAACAGGCCGGACCGGGCUGGCGACGCGCACCACAGGCUUAGUGCGGGGAGCAGGAACGGGCCUGACCGUACUGGGAACACACACCACUGGCCUUGUGCGGGAAUCAGGAACGGGCCGGACCGGACUGGUGACACACACCACUUGCUUGGUGCGAGGAGCGGGACUGGGUUUCCUCAUAAACCUCCUCUCCCUCUGCUGCCUAACCAGUUCCUCUCGCCGUGCCUCCACACUCUCCUUCUCCCUCGUGACCAAUAGCCCCCGUAACCUGGCGGCCUCCUCUGCUAACCGGCUGAACCGCUCUAUCGCGGCCUCCUGCUGCCUCGUCGUCCACGGCGUGAGCCCCCCAAAAAAUUUUUUUGUGGCUUGUCUCUCCCCCGUGAACAUGGCCUCCAUGCCUCUCGCCAGACUCUCUCUCCUCUCCUCCCAAGUCCAUCCUCUCUCCUCUUCACGCUGCUUGAUCCAGUCGUGGUGGGAUCUUCUGUCACGAUCGUUACAUGAUGAAGCGGACCAAGGCGCAGCGUGAUAAACGUACAUAUUUUAUUGAAGUACACCACACGAACAAAACAACAAACGAAACGUGAAGUCCUAGGUUAACACAAACCUUUCGGAACAAGAUCCCACAAUGACUAGUGAAAACAGGCUGCCUAAGUAUGGUUCCCAAUCAGAGACAACGAGCUACAGCUGCCUCUGAUUGGGGACCACCCUGGCCAACAUAGAUCUAACCGAUCUAGAACGAAAAACCAUAGCAAACCAAAACAUAGAAAAUCCACACCCUGGCUCAACAAUUAAGAGUCCCCAGAGCCAGGGCGUGACAGUGUAUGUAAACUUCUGACUUCAACUGUAGUUUCUAGAGCUCCUACAUUAGCCAGGGAUCAAACAAACGUGACUAAACAACAUAGUUAACUCCCAAGUCCCAACUCCUCCCCACCUUUUUCACUCUCCCUCCCUCCUCCACUAUUUUCCUCUCUCCUCUACCCUUUCUCCACCCUUCCGUAUCUCACACCUUGCAGGGUCGCUCCCUGGAACGAGUAUGUACCCCAAUGUAUUUAUAUCUACUGUUCCAGUUCACAAUGUGCUGUUUCAUUCAUACAUUCGUCAACAUGUCACUAUUUUAAUAUGUGUGAGAGAACAUUGGGCUAGAAAACCCAGACAGUCACUCUUUUAGCAUACGAAGACAUGGUGGUGGUGGACCCAAUAAUGGAACUUUUUUCUUGUGUUAUUUGGUGUAACUAAAGCGCUAGUCCUACAAUUGAAAGAUUGAUGAGUUUUGGGAACGGUGCAAUGAGUGAGAGGUUGACAGACUAUUUGAAUAGUCCCCUAACAGCCUAUGGUCUAACAUGAAAUUGUAUGAGUUGAUUGACGUCACAACUGUUGAAGGAAUAGCAGUAUUGAAUGUCCCCCUACAGUGCCAAUGAUUAAACUAUUGUAUAGAUGAUUAGAAGUAUUGAAUGGACAUGUACACUGUAUCUGUAUGCAACUUCAAGUUUUAAAAUUAGUUGUAUGUUUGCGCUGUUACACUGAUAAUGAAACCAAUGAAUUGAACCUACCUAGAUUCGUAAGGGUAAGGGCUUACAAAUAAGUUACAAAAUAAUGGUAUUUUGGGUUUGUGAUGAGUAACGUUACUCAAAAUAUCCAAUUGGUCAGUGAUUUUCUUCAUAACGAAACUUGCUAAGAAAUAUCCAAGUUGAUGGGCUAACAGUAUGUUUCAGUAUCUAUUUAAAAUAAUUUGCAAAUGUGGAUGAACCAUGAUCGGACUUAAUCACCCAAGACCGAUCCCAGCCCCUGCUUUAUGUCAAGGACUAUCCUUCAGUGAAACCCCACAGCAUUGCCUAAAGGGUUAGAGGGGGGUGACCCCAGCUAAUGUCGUUACUCCAGUAUGCGCUGGUGUCUGUCUGCCGUGUGGCAGCCUUGCACGGUGACGUGCUAAUUGACAGGUAAUCUCGGUGUGGUGACAUCAACAGAUGGAAAUGAUCCCUAUAAAGAGCCAGAGGAAGAAGACGAGACACUCAUACACCCUACUGACUGAUCUAGAGAGGAGAGGGAGACUGGAGCAGGGAGAUACGGCGUAUCUGAGGAUAUACAUACUUAACAAGGAUUUAUUCUUGAGAUAUGGAAAGGAGAAGGAAGAAUUGAGAAAGAUUCAAGUUUGGAGAAGCGAAAAGCGUAAAGCGUCUUUGGGAUAAAACAUUUAUUUGUGGCUGAAGGGUUUUGCAGAUUCAGCUGGGAAACAAACUCCACAAUCAAAGUCCAGAUGACCAUAAUCAAAUUCAACACAAAGUGAGUAUGGUUUCUGAUUGGAUCAUAUUGCGAAUAAUGUGGAGUCUCAUCAUGAGAAUGAUACAGCACAGCAGUCUUUCAGUUGUCUGACAGUGGCUCUAUGUUGGAUGUGAGUAACUGUAGUAAAGAGAAGACCGUAGGGAAUGAUGGGCAAUUUCAAUCCUGAAUUCUGUUUCAAUUCCUGUCGGUUAUAUUGGGCAUGGAAUUUUUCUAUAGCAGUGAUAUAUAAUUUCUGAGAUUAUUGGAAUUAAAAUGAAAUUGACCAGCUGGCCAACUCUGCAAAGGGUUCUAAUUCCUGUUGAUAAAUAUUCAGAAGUUUCACAACCUUCUAUGCGCUGAACAAUAAAGCAGUGCUGGCUCAGGUUAGGGUUGUUGUUUUCAGUCAUGGCUCAGACAACUAAGGGAGUACUGGUUGGCGCAGUGACAUGUCAACAUGGUGCUAUUCUGGUCCGUGUGCCACUUAGCCUUUGUGUCUAAAACGUGACUUGGUAAAAGCUUUUGACUUGCUAACAAGACGCGACCCUUGACACAGCAAACAGCAGACGCUAUGGUCACCUGUGCGUUUCCCACCUGCAGUUUACCUAUGACACAGCAAUUAGUGUGCCUAAUCCCCAUCCAGAUGUGUGUGAUUGUGUGUGGUGUGUGUUUGUGUCUGCUAGGUGUGUGUUAUGAAGUGGUGUUUAACCCUAGUGUGUGUUUUGUGUUUCAGAGUCCCAACGGUUCCUGUGAAGAACCUCAAUGGAUCCAGCCCUGUCCACCCUGCAUUGGCAGGUAGGAACAGCCAUUAAGUCACUAUCAAAAUAAUAUAAACAACAAGCCUAGUUUCCUAGUUGCGCUAUUAAGGAAAUGCCAGUGUCUAAAUUCAUUUUCACUCUUCUUAGUUGCUAGGCCUAUUUUAGUCAAUCAACGGUCACUUUAUCUAACAACGAUAGACAGUGUUACAGAGAAUCAGGCUUCAUUUGUUAAUUAAUGUGACCCACAUAUGGUCAAUGAGAGUAGCUUCUGAUGGAUGAGACAGUGUCUAGACAGUGUCAAUAGACAGUGAUGGAGAAGUGGUCUCACUGCUCCCUCUGCUGGUUGUCUCUAGGUAUUACAGGGAUCCUGAUGAGCGCCGCAGGACUUCCUGUCUGUCUGACCCGCCCCCCCAAGCUGGUGCUCCACCCCCCGCCCGUCAGCAAGAGUGACAUCAAGCCCGUCCCCGGCCUCGGCCACUGCUGCCGCAAGACCACCAAGAAGCAGGCCCGCAAAGGUGGGUGUAGCACCCACACACACACACACACACACACACACACCGGCAUAGGACAUUUGUGAAAAUCUCUCUCUCGUCCAUUCCUCCCUUUCUCUCAGGCAAGACCCCUGAGGAAGUAGUGAAGAGGUACCUUCAGAAGGUCCGCAGCCCCCCAGAGGAGGAUUGCACUAUCUGCAUGGAGGCCCUGCCUGGGCCCUCUGGCUACAAAGGCCCCGGUGUUGGGGGCAUCCAGCGGGCAGAGUCGGUGGGUCGCCUGGCCCAGUGUGGGCACCAGUACCACCUACAGUGUCUGGUGGCCAUGUACAACAACGGCAACAAGGACGGCAGCCUUCAGUGCCCCACCUGCAAGACCAUCUACGGCGUGAAGACGGGCAACCAGCCGCCUGGCAAGAUGGAGUACCACGUUAUCCCCCAUUCGCUGCCCGGCCACCCCGACUGCAAGACCAUCCGCAUCAUCUACAACAUCCCACCAGGCAUCCAGGUAACAGCCUUACUCUUAUCCACAUCUGAUGUUCUGUAAAUCAUGAUGUUGAGCAUCAUUUUCAAUACACUCCAUAGUACUUAGGAAGAACGACUGGACAUGUCACUUGUUUACAUUCUAAUAGUGACCUUUCACCUUUCCCAGGGCCCUGAGCACCCGAACUCAGGCAAGCCCUUCACCGCCCGGGGAUUCCCCCGACACUGCUACCUCCCUGACAGCGAGAAGGGACGCAAGGUAAACACCAGCCUACUUCCUGUUUACUGUUUAACUUCUUGUUUACUAGUUUACUCAGUUGUACCGGUUUGCUGUUAAUGAAAUGACUGGACUAUGUGGCUAACUAACUUCCUCCCUCUCUCUCUUGCUCUCUCUCUCUCCGUCUCUUUCUACCCCCUUUCUCCCCAUCCCUCUCCCCCCCAGGUACUGAGGCUGCUGCUGGUGGCGUGGGACCGCCGGCUCAUCUUCUCAGUGGGCACAUCCAGCACCACGGGCGAGUCGGACACAGUCAUCUGGAACGAGGUGCACCACAAGACGGAGUUCGGCUCCAACCUGACGGGCCACGGCUACCCCGACCCCGGCCACCUGGACAACGUUCUGGAGGAGCUUAAGGCCCAGGGGAUCACCGAGGAGGAGUGCCUACCCAGAGACUGA